AUGGCUCCUAUCGCCCUAGACACCGCUUCUCCAGCCGCUGCCCCUCCAGCGAAAUCAUCCCUUGAGGAUAUCGCCGCAUUGAAAGCAGCUCUGAAAGAGGCGAAGGCUGAAAUUGUCUUACCUCCUGAUAAUACCCUUCGAAGAUAUCAAAAAGCCGGUAUAGAUCUUUCAGGAGGAUAUCCUUACUUCCCACCUAAGCCUGAUUACGUCCAGGAAGUAGGCAAAAUUCGAGAAAAUCUCCGAGAAUAUAAGGAUCCGGGGUUGAGAGCUGAUAAAGAGAAGAAAGCUUUGUUUGGAGCUGCGAAAGAACUUAGAGAUCUGACGAAAUGGAUUGGUACUGAGAUCGUAGGAUUACAACUCAAAGAUCUGACUGAUCAACAAAAAGACGGACUCGCUCUACUUGUAUCGGAGCGAUCCAUAGUCUUCUUCCGAGACCAAGAUAUAUCACCUCAACAACAACAAGAGCUCGGUAUCUACCUCGGGGACGGUGAGAUCGAAAGACACCCUCAAGCUGCCCAAGUACCAGGUGUUGGAGGAGGUAUCACCCUGAUAUGGGAACAGGGCAGGAAAGAUAAAGUAUACAGCGGACGAUCUCAUCGAGUACCCUAUGGAGGUGGUCAAUUUGGUUGGCACACAGAUUUGGUCCAUGAAGUAUACCCACCCGGAUGCACCCACUUACAUCAAGAUACUGUUCCUGAAGUAGGAAGAGAUACCCUCUGGGCAUCAGGAUAUGCAGCUUACGAUAAGCUCUCUCCCGCAUUCAAGAAAGUCAUUGACGGACUGAAUUACAAGGACGAGAACGACCCAGAGGGAAAUAAGAAGUUUGUCGAAAGGACGCAUCCGCUAGUCAGAACUCAUCCGGUCACUGGUUGGAAAGCUUUAUGGAUCAAUCAAGCUAUGACCUCCCACAUUGAAGGUUUCGAUGAAGCUGAAUCGGACGCUAUCCUGAAUUACUUAUAUAACGUCUAUGAGCGAUCGACCGAUAUCCAAGUUAGAUGGCAUUGGACCCCCGGAACAUCGGCUAUCUGGGAUAAUAGAUCUACUAUUCAUACAGUUUCGUAUGAUUAUGAUGGGGAGAGACAUGGUACAAGAGUCUCGUCUUUGGCUGAGAAACCAUACUACGACCCCAACUCGAAAUCUAAAGCUGAGGCUUUACAACUCAAAGGAUGGCUGAAUACUCCGGAUGUAGCUUCUAGGUAUUAA